GUACCAUGGUGAGAAGCAGCUAAUGACCGAACAGGACAAGAUGGAUAAAGUGAUAUUCAGUACAACUCAUUCUUCAAGGGAAUCUUUGGACAACGAUGACAAGAAUUUUACUUCAACAGCUUAUCAGGAUCGAACGUUCAUGGAUGGCACAGCUUGCCCAGUGGAAACAUGCUAUGAUAAACCUGGAAAACAGUAUGAAGAUAGCAGAUCAGAAGAUGAAGAAUCAAAUGAGGAGACUAAAGAAAUAAUUUUGAGUGACAAAAAGGAAAACUUGGGGGAAAACCAAAGAAACAGAGGAAGUUUUCCACAACCAAUAUCUUCAACUUUUGAUGAAAACUUUGAAACUGAGACCUAUCUAGAAACAAAGAGUGACAAAAUAAAUUAUGUGGAUAUUGAUGAGAAGCACUUCAAGGUAACAAGAGAUCAACAAAACAGUGAAAGAGCUGUGAGCAAUGACUACCAACCAACGCUGCCUGGUUUCAGUGCAAACAAGGAUGAACUUCAAUCUCCGGAGACAUCAAAGUUCUGCAAAUUUAACCAAAUUAUGAUGGAAGAAGCAACCAAUCAACCACAAGUAGUCUUCUCUGGAGAAGUGACUACUGGCAAUGGCGACUAUGGAGGCAGAUCUUUGGAUAGCAACCUCACCAAGUGUGACUGCUUAAAGAGAGAGAGUGACAUUUCAGAAACCCAAAUAACACAACUCCCUUUCUGUGAAGAUUCUGAAGAAAUGGUUGAGCAGGUAGAUGGAAGCCGGAGAAUAGUUACUGAUAUCCAACAAGGAAAGCAACUGCUUCAUCGUCUGCAAAUGGUACAGCAAAGACAUGAUGAGAUCCCUAAUAUGCUUCAAGAGAUAAGCAAAGAGGUCAGAGUUGAGGAAGAGUUUGGGUUUAGGACUGAUGUUAAAGAAGGAAAAAUAAGAGGUGAAAGUAUGGCAAGUGAAGAAGAGGAAGGGGUGAAUGAAUUAAUUACAGUGAAGAGGGAGGAAGCAAAGACAAACCAGACAGAAGACAAGAAUGUAAAACUGUUUCCGACAAAAGCAACUGGCAAUUCUCUGAAAAGAAGAUGCAGAAAGAAAUUAGUCAGGAAAUUCAAAAAGAACAAGUUCUGGUCAGUCAGGGUAAGAUCCCAGGAGCUUACAGCAGAGGGGAAGUUCGCCAGUUAAAGGAGACAAAACUGCUGUUUGAGGUUUUCCAACAAGACAAGAUGAAGACCCAGUCAAGGCACCAAAAACAUCCUGCCUCAUUAAUGAAAGGUGAUGCCUAUCCGUCUGUCCUGGAGCGCACACAUAGCCUUGAGUUGUUUUCUCUUAAGACUUGCUCUGUCCCCAGAACACAAUCUCUCAGACUACAUGACUCUGAAACCACUAAAACUGACAAAAAUCCAGAAAAUCUCAGAUGCAAGAGUCCAACUGGAAGUUCUCGAGAAAGAACUUGGUUAUCCCCUUACUCAAAACAGGACAAACAACUGCGAUUCCACAAAAGCUUAGAAUCAAUCAGCAGUGAAGCCUCUACAUCUGCUGUAAAAACUAGAGACAAAACAAAAGAGGGUGGAAGGAGACAGGAAUCCCCCAUCCUCAAACAAAACCCCUUCUUCAAGCUUCGUCCAGCCAUGGCACUGCAGCCAGAAGUAGAGAAGGAUAUUCGGGCGACUAAAGAACGAGAAGAUGAGCUGCAAAAACAGAGAUGCAAACUAUAUGGGGAGUUCAGACAUAAAAGUGAUAGUGAAGAAAAGUCCCGGUGUACACAGACCCUCAGAUCAGAUGUAAAGUUACAGUCAAGGAGGAAACUGGAGCGGGUUUGGCCACCCCCUUCUGUAAAAGAUCAGAAAAAGUCUGAGCAAACGCAGCAGGAGGUAAAAGUUCAAAGAGCAGGAGGUCAGAGAGCUCCUCUGUGGCAGCGUUGGGAGUCUGGCCUGAUCAAUGAGCCGGCGCAGGAUGUAAACAAGUGACGUUGGCCGUCCUGGUUAUACAAGACAACAAACAGAAUCCUAAUUAUCUGCAACGAUAGAAGCACAGUUCAAAGCAGAGAUGUAUCGAUAGAAAUCAGCUCAGACAAAAUCAUUCUGUUAGUUCCAACUGAACUCAUUUCUGGCUCCUCUAGCUUCGCUUUCUGUUUCAAAAUAUGAUGUUUCAUUAUGGAACUAGUCUUGUUUGGCAGGUAAAUAAAGCAAAUGCAUCAAGUGUAAUUUUCUUUUUAUCUUC